GAUUAGGCCUAUUAGAUUACGAAACUGAGCCAUGGCUGCACCAGCCAAGCCGAGCCCAAGCGCGCGCGAACGAACCAUUCAAUGCAAAAACUAACGGUUCUCACUUCUCAGAACGAGAAGAACCAUUUUGGGAUUUUACGAAGAAGAAACUAAGAAACAAAACCCAACCUUCUCUCUCUCUCACUCAUCUCUUUUUCUCUCUCUAUCUAUAUCUAUAUCUUCUGUAAGUAUUUUUAGGGCAAACUUUUCCAUCAUCGUCGCCAUCUUCUUCUUAUUCUCUUCGCUUUUCGCAAUCUCAAUCGACUGUUCUUUUCUUUAAUCUUCAUCAGCUAGGGAUUCCUUUAUCCAGUUUCUCCGCAAGCAAGGGUAGCAGUAGCAUGCUUCCUAAAGACUUGGGCUUUGUUGCGUGUGCGUGUUUCUGUAGAUAAUUAAAAAAUAUUUUUUUUUUAAUGUUGUCAGAUUGCUUAUGAAGGACACUGCUAAUUAAACCUGUGGGGGAUUCUCUUUGAGACUUGUGCCAAUGGCAGCCGAUCAGUGGAGAAAACGCUUGCAUAGUACCAAUAUUGUGGGCUGCUAUGGAAGGGAGCAGCAUAGAACAAAACGGAAGAAUACAGGGUUGUCACAAUAUGAUUCAAACAUAAGAUCUCACAUUUCUCUCGAGUGGGAUGGAAAUCACAAAAGAGUCAUUGCCAGAAAAGAACAAAUUGGCAUAAAUUGGAGAGACUUGAAGCCAUUUUUCGGUUCUUCUCCUCAUGGUUCAAACAUUAUAGCUGAUGUUUGUGCUGUUCCUCCGGAAAUUUAUGAAUUAGAAAACAUUAAAGAGGUGCUCUCCUAUGAGGUCUGGGAGACUUGUCUAUCUGAAAGUGAGAGAAACCAUCUUAUGCAGUUUCUUCCUAGAGAUCAAGAGGCCGAGAAAGUUUUGAAAGCACUACUAGCUGGGGAUAACUUUCAUUUUGGAAGCCCUUUUCUCAACUGGGGUGCUUCACUUUGUUCAGGCGAUCUUCAUCCUGAUGCAAUUUGUCAGCGAGAUCAGCAUUUGAAGACAGAAAAGAAAGCAUAUUAUACUGAAUUGCAUAAAUAUCACAAUAAUAUGAUUGAAUCUUUAGUGAAGCUGAAGGAGAGGUUUCAUAAUUGUAAAGAUCCAGAAAAGGAAAUUGUGCAGAAGAUACAAAGAUCAAAAAAUGAUAUGGAGAAAAGAAAUUCUUUAUCUGCAAAUGACUCUAGAUUUCGUGUUCUUGAGGGCAAUGUUGCUGCUUCAUCUGAAUCUUGUUCUUGGGUUGCGGAUGAGAAAGCAUGUAGCAGUGACAAUCAGAAUUCUUUCAUGGUUAAAGGGGGAAACCGUAAGAACAGGGUGCAUGAGAAAGGCUCUCUUAAUGGUGGAAGCCCAUCAAUUGUUUCAGAUGAUGUCCUUGAUGUUGGAACAAAAUUUAAAAAAGGAGAGAAGCGGCAACAUCAAAAUGUCCUUUCAAAUGAUGGUGCUAUGUAUAUGUCAUAUUUUAAGAUUAGCAAGAAGCAACAUGACAUUGUUAAGAACAUGAAACAGUCUGGCAAAAGCAUCCAGUCUAGGUCUCUGAACCGAGUUCUAGGUAACCUUAAUAGUUUUAAUGUACAACCGUACGAGGUGUUUAUUCAAGAAGAACAGAAGAAGUUGCGUGAAUAUUGGAUGCAAUUAGCAACUAAAGCUCUCCCAGCAGCAUUUGCAAAUUGGAGAGACUUGCAUUCCCAGAGAAGCCAAAUGAGGAUGUCUUUGGAGCAGGAGAUUAAUGAAAAAUUCAAAAUGCUGACACAGGAUGACGAGGAUAGGGGGAGCCAUGAGUCUGCACUUCAGGAUCACAUAGAAAUUGCAGAAGACCUUGUACCAGCACUGGAGCAUGCUGAAAAGUCUGUAUCUGGCUCCCCAGGGCAACAGUCUCUGGAGCACUUUGUAUCUGGCUCCCCAGAGCAACAGUCUCAGGAGCACUUUGUAUCUGGCUUCCCGGAGCAGCAGUCUCAAGAGCACUUUGUAUCUGGCUCCCCAGAGCAGCAGUCUCAGGAGCACUUUGUAUCUGACUCCCCGGAGCAGCAGUCUCAAGAGCACUUUGUAUCUGGCUCCCCAGAGCAACAGUCUCAAGAGCGCUUUGUAUCUGGCUCCCCAGAGCAACAGUCUCAAGAGCGCUUUGUAUCUGGCUCCCCAGAGCAACAGUCUCAAGAGCGCUUUGUAUCUGGCUCCCCAGAGCAACAGUCUCAAGAGCACUUUGUAUCUGGCCAAGAGGUAAACUCCACGGAUAGUGAUUCUGGAGAACAUAUUGUCUCUAAAUCGGAUCAUGUUAAUUUGAAUCCGCCCGAGUACUCAGGAGUUGUGAACACUGCUGAUGUUGCCACCAGUCAGGGAGUACAGCUAUCCUGUAAUGAUGAUGUUUGGCCUGCACGUAACAACAUCUCACAUUCCUACUAUGAUUCUACAGCAACCCAUGAAUAUGCAUCUGAUGAUGGAUUGUCAAUUGUACAUCCCAAAACAAAUGAUGAGCAAAAAACACACUUGAUUGAUCUGGAGUCCAGCUUAGGAGUAAAUGAUGGGAAAAAAACACACUUGAUUGAUCUGGAGUCCAACUUAGAAGUAAAUGAUGAGCAAAAAACACACUUGAUUGAUCUGGAGUCCAACUUAGGAGUGGGAGACACCGAAAAAGAUAUGGUGCAUAGACAAUCUGAGGGUAUAUCCUUUAGACAAUCAGAUGAUGGUUCCUUUGGUUCUUACUCUAACCUACAUCGGAAUGAGUUGUUUCAAUCUGUUUUUAAGGGCCAGGGGGUGUUAUCCUACCAUCAUCAGCAGAAACCGACGACGGGGUUGGAUUUCCAGUCUGCAAACAGUAUGCUCGUGGAAGGUGAUCAGUUUGCUGGGCAUUUUCAGGAGCAGUCACAUCCAUCAUUGCCAGUGGAGCAGAGGCAAAAGAGAGAGAGUGAUGUUUACCAACAACAACGACCACACAACCUAUCUGCCAACUUGUAUCCUGAUGGAGGUAGAUUCUUAAUCCCAAGGCAAGAGCAGUUGGCCCCAGUCCAUAUGCAUGAUUGGGCUGUCAAUGGUGUCCCAAUACCACCACCACCUAUCCAGACUAAUUUAAACGGUGGAGAUUUACACAACUGGUUUCCUGGUGAGCAUCGAGCUCGUGGUGGAUGGACUGGGUCAGGUGGUGCUAGUGUUCCCAGUCAGAGCAUGGGGAGUGUGAGUGGUGAAGACCAGAGUUUAUUCAGCGUCCUAUCUCAGUGCAACCAAUUACAUUCAAGUAGUCCGUACCAUCAUUCAAUGCCCCCAUCGAACCAAUUCAUCACAUCGAGAACCUACGAAAUGAUGGGAAGGGCUACUCCUGCUAUCAACAAUGUCCUACCGCAAUCAAGUCACUCGCUCGACUACAUGAGUGGGCGUGAAGCCGCCACUUCUUCCUUGAUGCCCGAUGAUAUAGGGUGGAUUGGCUUGCCGCCACAUCAGAGCUCGAGUUUACAAGAUCCAAUGGGAAAACCAUACUUGAGAUCAUGGAACCAAUAAAGAUGACUUUUUUUUUCUUUACAAGAGGAGUUAGGGACAAUGGUAGGAGAGGAGAAGAGAAAAUUGAGGGAGAUAGGAUUUUGUACAUACCUAAACAUUGAGCCAAACUCAAGAGGCAAUGGAAAAAGCCACAAUGUAUAUAUAUCUUAGAUGGUAACUAGCAGGGCAAGAUGGGUGGGAGUUGAGAAAAAAAAGGGUAUCCCUUAUUUUUAAGGGUUAGGUUUAGAUUUUUCUCUCUUUUUUUUUCUUCAUAAAUUUCAAAGUUUUGUUGAGAUUUUUGUUUGUUCUUUUUUAUUGUCUUUUUCAUAUUUGGAGGCUAUAUAUAAGUUUCUAUGUUAACAUAGAAUAGGGAAAGAUGCUUUAUGGGCCAUUUUUCUCUUUACUAGAA